GCUCAGACAGCACUCUCAGUUCACUUCAUUCGAUUCGACCCCUCCGCAUGCCAUCGACUAAUCAUCACACCUCCCUCUCACCCUCCUCUACCAUUCCCUCCUCCCUCGACAACACGACCGCCCGCCACCCCAACCGACUGCGACAGCAGCAGCAACAACCCAUUGCCUCACCUACUGCUGCCCGCCGUCGCCUUCCCACCAUUCCCGCACCUCCCAAGGACAGCAGCACCUCUAGUUCUCCUGCCUUUGUUCUCCCUGGGAAACGAGGCAAGGCCACACGACUCGUCCUUGUCGCAGUUAUCCUCUUCCCCCCAGUAGUUAUCUUCCUUUUAGCCAUGUUGCCAUUCAUUCUCCUUUUUACAGUCGUUAUUACGUACUCAAUCGCCUGGCUCCUGUAUUGGAGCAGGGCUGGGGCUGUCACUUUUUCAGCCAUGCCUCUGGACCCAAGGAGGGUGUUGAAGAUCAACAGGGUCGUCUUCUCAGUCAUCUUUUCAAACUUUUCCCUGAUACCCAUCGGACUCUCUCUGGUCCGUUACCGUUACUGGACUAUGCGUCGUUCCACCGACUAUAUUACCGACGUCCAUUAUAAUCCAAAGCGACCCAGCAACAAAUUGGAUGUUUAUAUUCCUCGGGAUCGUGUUCAGACCAUGGACUCGAAUUAUUUUCGGGAUAACUGCGACGAGAAGAAACUGCGACCGGUUGUUGUCUUCAUUUAUGGAGGAGCAUGGUCUGCUGGCUCCAGGCUACUCUAUACAUUGGUGGGUAUACGAUUGCGAUCCAUGGGGUAUCUGGUCAUCCUGCCGGAUUACUCGAUAUACCCACAAGGCACGAUCAAAGGGAUGGAGGAAGAUGUCAAGAUGUCGAUCCAAUGGGCUCAUAACAACUGUCUGAACUUUGGAGGGGACCCCAAGAGGAUUUAUCUGAUGGGACAUUCUGCGGGAGCACAUCUCUGUGCCAUUACAGUUCUAAACAACUGCAUCCAACAGAUUCCUGCGUCGUUGUUUGGGUCGUCUCCGGAUGCCAUUUCGACCUCGCCUAUUUUGACAACGCUCUUAAACGCACCUGUGGACCAGGAACAGGAGGAUGCAUUGCCUCGCCUCCGAGGGAUAAUUUUCUGCUCGGGCGUAUUUGAUAUCGGGGAGCAUUACAAGCACGAAUCUAUGCGGGGUGUGGAGGAGAUCUCGGCUAUGGGAAGAGUCAUGGGCAAUUCGGAGCCGACAUUCCGGCUCAACUCACCCACGAUAAUCCUGCAGGAGCUAAUCCAGGUCUCAACGAGGAUUGAUCGGCACUAUCCCACAGAGUCACAGACGCGCCACCAGAACCUGCUCCGUCAUUUAAGGUCGCUCUGGCCCAUCGAGACGCUGAUGAUCCAUGGCGACCGUGACCAGACGGUGCCUGCUCGAUCUUCGUCCGAGUUCUUUAUUGAGCUCAAGACACUGCAGUUGGGAUCGAAUGCCAGGCUGCGAGUCAUGCAUGGAAUGGGCCACGAAGAGCCAGUCGUCGGUAAGCGUCGUGUCCCAAACUGAGACGUUUUUAUUGCCAGGCGUUGGUUUGACUGACAUUGUUGUUUUCAUUGUUUUUGUGUCGCAUGCUAGCGCUGAUGCCGUGUUUUGGUCGCAAGGCACCGUUUAGACAGCCAUUGAUGGAGGAGAUUUGUCAGUUUAUCGAUGGGCACAAGCCCAUGCCAAAGACACGACGAUGAGUGUUAUAGAAUAAACAGGUGGUGGAGAUGGAAAAUUGAUUACUGGGAAGAAAAUGAGGGGAAGGGGGGGGGAGGUGGUUUUCCCGUUCCGCUUGAUGAGCAUGCCAAAU